CGCAUCCAGGGCUGCCCCUUCCUACCGGGCGGCGUGCACCUCUGCGAAGUACAGAGCCACCUGGUCGUCCUGCUGAUCACCGGGCAGACGGUGCAUCGCCUGCUCCUGCCCCAUCCCGCCCGCAUGUACCGCAGCGAGCUGAUAACAGAGAGCCAAAUCCAGUCCGUGUUUACAGAUAUCGGCAAAAUCAACUUCAGAGAUCCUUUGAAUUACUACCUGAUUCCCAGCGUGCCAGGCCUGGCGUCUAAUUCUGUUGCCUCAGCGGCGUGGCUUAGCAGCGAGGGGGAGGCUCUCUUCGCUCUGCCCUCUGCUUCGGGAGGGAUCUUCGUCCUUAAGCUGCCUCCUCACGAUGCGCCUGGAACGGUUACGGUUGUGGAAUUGAAACAGAGCUCGGUGAUGCAGCGUUUCCUUACCGGUUGGAUGCCAACUGCCAUCAGAGGUGACUGUGGCCCAUCGGACCUGCCUGUCAGCCUCUCUGUUCACUGCCUGGAUCACGAUGCCUUUCUCUUUGCUCUCUGCCAGGACCAUAAACUUCGGAUGUGGUCCUAUAAGGAUCAAAUGUGCCUGAUGGUUGCAGAUCUGCUGGAGUUCAUGCCGGUCAGCAGGGACCUGCGGCUCGCAGCUGGGACUGGGCACCAACUGCGCCUGGCCUUCUCCCCGUCCCUGGGGCUUUACCUCGGAGUGUACAUGCACGCGCCCAAGCGAGGGCAGUUCUGUGUCUUCCAGCUGGUGAGCACCGAGAGCAACCGCUACAGCCUUGACCACAUAUCCUCCCUGUUCUCCUCGCAGGAGACUCUUGUUGACUUUGCCUUAACCUCGGCUGAGAUCUGGGCGCUGUGGCACAACGAAGAGAACCAAACCGUUGUGAAAUACAUCAACUUUGAGCAAAAUGUCGCGGGCCAGUGGAACCAGGUCUUUGUGCAGCCACUGCCUGAAGAGGAAGUGAUGGUUCGACACGAUCAGGACCCCAGGGAAGCCUACCUGGAAUAUCUCUUCAUGCCUGGCCAGUUCACAAACGCAGCUAUCCAGAAGGCUUUACAGAUCUUUUCUCAAGAAACUGAGGGACACAUGGAUCUGACAUGGGAUGAGUUAAAAAAAGAGGUUACCUUAGCCGUGGAAAGCGAGUUCCAGGCCAGCGUGACAGAAUAUGAGUGCUCGCUGGAGGAUUUUCGGCAGCUGCAGGCGGAGUUCUGGUCCAAGUUCUAUGCCUGCUGCCUUCAGUACCAAGAAGCCCUCUCACGGCCCCUGGCCCUGCACUUGAAUCCCUACACCAGCAUGGUGUGCCUGCUGAAGAAGGGCUCCCUGUCUUUCCUUGUGCCCUGCUCCUUGGUGGACCAUCUCUAUCUCCUCUCUAACGAGCAUCUCCUGACUGAGGACGACGCUGCCAUCUUUGAUGAUAUGGAGAUGUCUCGUGAUGUUGUCUGUCUUGUCCAGUGCCUUCGACUGAUCGGAGAAUCAAUUUCCAUGGAAAUGGCAUUCACAAUGGAAAUGGCUUGCUUCCACCUCCAGCCUCCAGAAAAGGCUGCAGAGGAGAUCGUGGAGGACUUGAUAGCUAAUGACACGGAAAAUGUGAUGGAGGAUAUACACAGCAAACUGCAGGAGAUCAGAAACCCCAUCCAUGCCAUCGGAGUGCUCAUCCGCGAAAUGGACUACGAGACAGAUGCUGACACGGAAAGAGGUGAAAGCUCUACAGCAGCGCCUCAUCACCUAAAUAUGCGCAUGAACCUCACCCAGCUGUACGGUAGUGGUACCGCUGUCAGCGUGGUUUGCUGGGGGGUAUGUAAGAUUGCCACGAUCCGUUUCCUGAUCUGUCGGGACCUGUUGUUCCUCCAACAGCUGUUGCUGCGGCUUGGAGAUCCUAUGGUUUUGGGAGGGGGACAGCUGUUCCAGUCUCAGCAGGACCUGCUGCACCGCACCUCUCCCCUGCUGCUGUCCUACUACCUGAUCAGGUGGGCAAGCCAGUGCCUUGCGUCUGACGUCCCUGUCGACACGCUGGAGUCGAAUCUGCAGCAUCUCUCUGUGUUGGAGUUAGCAGACACCACUGCUGUAACACCCCAUAAGCUAGUAUCCAGCCCUCAAACAAUUGUGGAGCUGUUCUUUCAGGAAGUGGCCAGAAAACACAUCAUAUCUCGACUUUUCUUGCAACCAAACACCUCUUUGGCUGAAACAAGUUUGAACUGGCCCCAUCUCAUUACCGCAAUAGUGGCUGACUUUCUGCCGCUCCUAUGGCCCAGCAAUCCCGGCUUCCUCUUCCCCGAGUGCCUGAUGGGGAGCUGUCAGUACACCCAGCUGCAGGAAUACAUUCGCCUGCUGCAGCCGUGGUGCCACGUGAACAUGGGCUCCUGCUACUUCAUGAUGGGCAGGUGCUACCUUGUCAUGGGCGAGGGGCACAAGGCUUUGGACUAUUUCUGCCAAGCCGCGUCAGAGGUGGGAAGAGAAGAGUUCUUGGACAGGCUGAUCCAACCUGAGGAGGGUGAGAUGGUCUCCACUCCACGCCUGCAGUACUACAACAAGGUUCUGCGCUUGUUGGACAUGGUUGGUUUACCGGAGCUGGUCAUCCAGCUGGCUGCCCAGGCUAUCAUGGAAUCGGCGGAUGACUGGAGAAUCCAGGCUACUUUGAGGACUUGCGUCUUUAAACAUCACUUGGAUUUGGGACACAACAGUGAAGCAUAUGUAGCCUUAACGCAAAACCCAGAUCCGAGCAGGCGGCUGGACUGUCUGCGCCAGCUAGUGGUGGUUCUCUGUGAGCGCUCCCAGCUCCAGGACCUGGUGGAAUUCCCCUACGUGAACCUCCAUAACGAGGUCGUGGGGAUCAUCGAAUCUCACGCUCGAGCGGUGGACCUGAUGACCCACAACUACUAUGAGCUGCUGUACGCUUUCCACAUUUACCGCCACAACUACCGCAAGGCUGGAACGGUGAUGUUUGAAUACGGCAUGCGUCUGGGCAGGGAGGUGCGGACGCUCCGAGGGCUCCAGAAACAGGGAAACUGUUUUCUUGCUGCUAUUAACUGCUUACGGUUGAUCCGCCCAGAGUACGCCUGGAUAGUGCAGCCAGCUGCCGGAGCUGUGUACGAACGCCCUGGAGCAUCCCCGAAGAGAAGCCACGAUGGGGAGUGCACGGCUGUUCCAACAACUCGCCAAAUCGAGAUCCUGGAGCUGGAGGAUUUGGAGAGGGAGUGUUUGUUGGCCCGGAUCCGGCUGACUCUGGUGCAGCAUGACCUGUCGACAGCGGCUGUGGCAGGCAACUCUACACCUGAGGAAACAGUUGCUCUCCUGGUCCGGGCCGGCCUCUUCGACACCGCCAUCACUCUGUGCCAAACAUUCAAGCUGCCCUUGACGCCUAUCUUCGAAGGACUCACUUUCAAGUGCAUCAAGCUGCAGCUGGGAGGGGAGGCAGCGCAGGCAGAGGCCUGGGACUGGCUAGCAGCAAACCAGCUCUCCGCACUCGUUACCACCAAGGAGUCCAGUGCCACAGAUGAAGCUUGGCGGCUGCUGUCAUCCUAUUUGGAGCGUUACCCAUCCCAAAACAGUCUCUACCAUCGCUGCGUCAUCAACAAGCUCUUGGCGCAUGGGAUACCUCUUCCCAACUGGCUCAUUAACAGCUACAAGAAAGUGGAUGCUGCCGAGCUGCUGCGUCUCUAUCUGAAUUACGAUCUGCUGGAGGAGGCUGUGGAUCUGGUCCUGGAGUAUGUAGACGCUGUGCUGGGCAAAGGGCAUCAGUAUUUUGGAAUCGAGUUCCCGCUGUCUGCCACGGCCCCCAUGGUGUGGCUGCCCUACACCGCCAUCGACCAGCUGCUCCAGGCACUGCAGGAGAGCACCACCAACCAUUACAACGUUGCGCUCUACCAGAAGUUGCAUGACAAGAUGGAGGACUACCAGCAGAAGGUCAGCGUGGCCACCCGGGAUCGCCUGUACC